GUACUUUCGUCUUCCCGAAUCUCUCAUCUUAUCAGUUUUAUUGAAUUUCUGGGAAAUUUAGCAGAAAAUCAGUUUUGAAAUAAGGAAAAUGGCAGGAAAAGGAGGGAAAGGGCUAGUGGCGGGGAAGACAACAGCUGCAGCGGCUGCCAACAAGGAGAAAGACAAGAAAAAGCCAAUCUCUCGUUCAUCUCGUGCGGGUCUGCAGUUUCCUGUGGGAAGAAUUCACCGUCAGCUCAAGACCAGAACCUCUGCCCAUGGCAGAGUUGGAGCAACAGCAGCUGUUUACUCUGCUGCAAUUCUGGAGUACCUGACUGCAGAGGUUCUUGAAUUAGCUGGUAAUGCAAGCAAGGAUCUUAAAGUGAAGAGAAUCACUCCCAGGCACUUGCAACUGGCCAUUCGUGGAGAUGAGGAACUUGACACCCUUAUCAAAGGUACCAUUGCUGGUGGUGGUGUCAUCCCUCACAUUCACAAGUCCCUCAUAAACAAAACCACCAAAGAGUGAAAUUCUCCUGUGUUAUCUUAGAUGUAUCUUGACUAAUAACAUCGCCUGUGCUUAUGUUUUUUUCCUCUUUAUCUGGGUUGACUAAUGACAGCACUGUUGGUUGUGUUUGAUUAGAAUAACUUAUCUGAUGUAAUGAACUUAUGAACAUAUUAGUUUGAUGUUUUCAUUUUGUUGGU